CUGCACUACGGGACCCUCCUGGGCAGCAGAGCUUGUGUCCACAUGGCAGCAGCUGCCUGGGCCACUGGGUUUCUCAAUGCUCUGCUGCACACGGCCAAUACAUUUUCACUGCCCCUGUGCAAGGGCAAUGCCCUGGGCCAGUUCUUCUGUGAAAUCCCCCAGAUCCUCAAGCUCUCCUGCUCACACUCCUACCUCAGGGAACUUGGGCUUCUUGUGGUCAGUGCCUGUUUAGCUUUUAUUUGUUUUGUGUUCAUUGUGGUGUCCUAUGUGCAGAUCUUGAGGGCUGUGCUGAGGAUCCCCUCUGAGCAGGGUCGGCACAAAGCCUUUUCCACCUGCCUCCCUCACCUGGCCGUGCUCUCCCUGUUCCUCAGCACUGUCAUGUUUGCCUACCUGAAGCCCCCCUCCAUUUCUUCCCCAUCCCUGGACCUGGUGGUGUCUGUUCUGUACUCAGUGGUGCCUCCAGCAGUGAACCCCCUCAUCUACAGUAUGAGGAACCAGGAGAUCAAGGAUACCCUGAGGAAACUCAUAUCUUAG